AUGCCUCCACCACAGAAGCAGCGAAAGAUGGCCAUUGUCGGCAGCAGAUCCGUGGGCAAGAGUUCUCUGACUGUUCAGUUUGUCGACGGCCACUUUGUCGACUCAUACUACCCCACCAUCGAAAACACCUUCUCCAAAGUCAUCAAGCACAAGAACCAAGACUUUGCUGUGGAGAUUAUCGACACUGCUGGACAGGAUGAAUACACCAUUCUGAAUAGCAAGCACUUCAUUGGCAUCCAUGGAUACAUGAUUGUCUACAGCGUUGGCAGCAAGCAGAGCUUCGAGAUGGUGAGAAUCAUCCGCGACAAGAUUCUGAAUCAUAUGGGUGCCGAAACAAUUCCGCUCAUCAUUGUCGGCAACAAGUCAGAUCUUCGACCCGAACAACGUCAAGUCAAGGCUGAAGAUGGUCGCAAGCUGGCCGAGGAGCUCAACUGUGGCUGGACAGAAGCAAGCGCCAGAUUCAACGAGAAUGUUGGCAAGGCAUUUGAGGGUAUGGUUGCCGAGAUUGAGAAGGGCCAGGAAGCUGGUCAGCCCAAGGAGGGCAAGAACUGUAUUGUCAUGUAA